AUGCCCACUUGUCCCGGUUUCAACAGCAAUGUCAGCAUCACUUUCAUUGGUACCGCUACCGCUAUUCUCGAGGUCGACAAUGUCAGGUUCCUAACUGACCCGUUCUUUUCACCGGCCGGGUCAUAUUACGACAUGCCAGGCAGAAACGCUCGCCUGACAGUUCGCCAGGAUCCCGCACUCGCGCUCAAAGAGCUCCCUCCCAUCGACGCCGUUCUACUCAGCCACGAAGACCACUGGGACAACCUCGAUCAGCUCGGCCGUCACUUACUUGACGGGCGACACGUUUUCACCACCAUGGACGGCGCCAAGCAGUUGGCCCCUCGGCCAGGCGUCGUUGGCAUGCAACCCUGGCAAGAGAAAACCGUUGUCCUGGGCGGCAAGACGUUCCGCAUCACAGCCACGCCUGCCGACCACGUGCCCGGUGACGAGUGCACGGGCUUCAUUCUCACUACGGACUCCUUCGGAGUCUCACGUGACGGCCGCCCCAAUGCCCUCUACUUCAGUGGGGACACGGUGUACAUGGAGGAGCACCCUCAGAUGGCCGACAAAUUUCACAUCGCAGCCGCCAUACUGAAUACUGGCGACGCGAGGGCUCAACUAGAGCCACCACCCGCACCACUGCGCCAAAUCACCCUAGGUGGCAAGGAGGCGGCCGACAUGUUCCGCGCCAUCAAGGCUGACUAUAUUGUCCCCAUGCACUUUGACGCCUGGGACCACUUCACACAGCAUCAAGACGGCUUGGCCGAGGCGUUUGAGCAGGAGGGUGUUUCUGAUAAGGUGAUAUGGCUGAAUCCCGGAAAGCCUGUCAAGAUCCUUUGCGAUGGCUUCCAGAAAUAA